AUGAAUGGCAAUAAAUGUUUCAAAACGAAGUUAGUGCUACUCGGCAUAUCGGGAGCGGUAUUCCUGGGCCUUUUCAUUGUCUCCCUGUGUGUAGACUAUCAGCAGGAACUGCUGAAAGAACACAUCCGUUUCCGCAAGGGUUUCAUUUCCCAGCUAAAUUGGAUCGAUUCUCCCUAUGGCCGCCUCAAGAUGUACAUUUUCAAUAUUACAAAUGCCGAGGCUUUCCUUGCCGGUAACGACACACGAAUCCAUGUUCAAGAAGUCGGACCAAUUGUUUAUCGCAUCGUCGGCCGUAACGAAAUCCUAAAUCAGACCGAAGAUUCGGUAACAUUUCGUAAAUUACGAUAUGAGCAGGUGGAAUUUAUGCCUCAUGAAAGUUGUUCGCCCGAUAUUCUGAAUCAAACGAUAGUUUUGCCAAAUUUGGUGUUACUCGGUGCGGCAGCGAAGCUACACGAUUGGGUAUUUUUGGUGCGGCAUGCAUUCAAUGCCAUCACCAUAAAUGAAUCGAUAUUUUUGACGAAAAGCGUGUAUUAUUUCCUGUGGGAUUUUACGGUGCCCGCAUUGAGUCUGUUGGCUCAAUAUGUUCCGAAUAUCGUAUCGAAUUGUGGAUUGCUAUAUAAUGCCAUACGUCAAAAGGACGAAGUCUACAAGGUGCGGAUUGGAAUGAAAAACGGCUUCGAGAAUUUCUUUCGUAUUGAGCAGUUGAAUGGCAAAACAUAUUUCCCCGAACGACGAGCCAAUUAUCUGCAUCCCGAUCCCAAUGAGUACUGUCCGAUUAAUGUCGAUAAUAAUUUCGAUAAUUCAAUGUUCCCACCCAUGCUGCAGCCCCAAGAAGAUAUUAAUAUUGUGGCGAUUGAAACAUGUCGUACCAUGAAAAUGCACUACGAUGGUCCCACGGAGAUGAUGGGCCUCAAGGGUUAUCGUUAUGUGCUGGGUGAUCGUAAUGAUCGACCCAGCUGCAUGGAUUCGUCAAUGGGUAUUAAGCUGCCGAAGGGCAUGUAUGAUGUGGCCAAAUGUUUGAUAAAUGAUGUCCCCUCGGCCUUUUCCUUGCCUCAUUUCUAUGGUUCCUCAUAUAACUAUUCGGAGCAUUAUGUGGGCUUUGCUCCAGAUCCGGCCAAACAUCAGCCCAGCAUUACCAUAGAACCGAUUUCCGGUAUUCCCUUGGAUGAAAGUUAUCGUUUCCAAUCGAAUAUCCCCAUGCCGGAUAUGAAGGGCUAUAGCAAGGAUCUGCAAAAGCUUAGCAAUAUGAUUAUACCGAAUUUCUGGUAUGAAUAUAACCUGGAUGAAUAUCCCGCCCGCAUUUCCAUCCCCCUCAAGCUGAAUGUGAAAUAUGCCCCCAUCCUACAGCCCAUCUUUAUCGCCCUGUUCCUUUUCAUCUCCCUCGUUAGUUUCCUUAAAUUAUAUCUUCUCAUCAAGCAACAGACCCUCAAGGAGCUGUUCUCUAAAUACUAUAGUCUGAUUAGAGAAUUUAGAGAGAAAAAAUAA